AUGCGACAAAUUGGAAAGUCACUGAAGGACUAUCCAGAAAUUGAACUGCCAAAUGCAGAUGACCUAGACAAGCUUGGCAAUAGACUUGUAAACGAACAGAAUAGCUAUGACAAGGACCAGUUGAAAGAUGAACACAUGACAAUACACAGCAAACUUAAUCCGGACCAAAGAAAUGCAUUCGCAGCAAUUAUAGGAUCAGUCGAAAAAGGACCGGGAAAACAGAUAUUUGUUGAAGGCUACGGUGGUACCGGAUAUGAUCAGCAAUUACUAUACAUUCAUGCCAGCCAGUGCAAUGGUUGUAGAAACAAUGGAAGUCCUGAUAUGAAGCACCCCAAUAAUACUGAUGCAUACACUGCUGGUCGCUUGGAUGGUUAUUUGCCCUUUGGUGAUGGUGAACUAAGUGGCUUUGAUGAUUUGGAAGCUGAGGCUGCUAGGCUAAGGGUUGUGUUCAAGAAGAUGCCAGUAGAAGCCCAGGCCCCCAAUGAUUUGUCGUCGGCCUGCACACAUGUGGCCAGAGGCCCCGAGCUGGAGACCGAGACCGAGGCCGAGAGGGAAUAUCAGCUUCUCCUUCAAUCUCCUUCCUCCUUCAACCUCCUCCUCUCCACCACGCUGCCCCCCACCCCACACGCCACCGCCUGCCUGCUCCGUCGCAGGGAGAGCCCCUGCAGAGGACCUGCAGCCGCCGCCUCCACGGCUCCACCGUCUGAGAAGCUUUUGCCUGCUGUUGCCGAGUCUACAUCUGCAAUAACCCUGCUAGAGCCAGAUGUUUCAUCCCCGAAGGAGUUGCUUGGCACUACAUCAUCGGAAGGAUGCAUCAUUGACAAUCCACAACCUGCGCAGCACAACACCACUGACAGCUCUCCGCCAUCCGCAUCAUCGCUCGUUUCUAAAAUUUUGGCCCGGUAUCCUCGGAAUUGGUACCAAGUGUUUUACAUUAGGAUGGACCGUGGGGGGUAUUUCUGCAUGUACCCUAAUCUGGGUGGACCAUUUCGGAGCAUAUAUGAAGCUGAUGAUGCUAUUGAGCGCUAUCUUGAUGAAUUGCGGCAUAAGGCAAUGUGCAAGGAUCAAGUAAAAUUAUCUGUUGUGGAUAGGCUGAUACACAGCUGUAAAUUCUAUCUUGAUGGCACACCUAAGAGAGGUCCCAAUUCACCAACCGAAGAUGAAAAAAUCUAUAUGGAUCAAGCUGUACUUGACCAGUAUAACGAGGACCACAAUCUUUUUGGGGGUUUGGUCUCCCUCCCUCCCUCCCUCCCUCAUCACACACACAAAACAGAGAUUAUGUAG